AUGUCGUACCAUAUGGAUGAGAAGAAAUAUGCUCUGCAUAAAGCAGUACAGAGCCGUAAUAUAAGAAAAAUCAAAAUCCUGCUAUCUCAAACUGAAGAUAUCAAUGCAAAAGACGAAAACGGAGAAACGGUGCUCCUUAUUGCUAGCGAACAUGAGAGGCACGAUGAUUAUGAUUCUGUUAUGGAAUUGCUAUUGAGUCAUGAAAAGAUCGAUCCUACAGUGACCAAUCAACAUGCUUGCAAUGUUCUACAUAAUUUGGCAUACAAAGGAAAUAUAACUUGGAUUAAAAAAAUACUGGAGAAAUUCCCGAAUAUGAAUGUAGAUGAAGAAAAAGAUGAUCUCAAUACACCUCUGACUUUGGCUGCAAAAAACAAUCAAUUGGAUGUCAUCAAAUACCUGCACAGCAAAGGUGCAGAUAUAAAUCAUGAAAAUAAAAAAAAAUUCACUGCCCUCGUCUAUGCAGCUUCUGAUGGUUAUGAGGAACUCACAAAGGAGCUAUUGGAGUUGGGUGCUGAUGUUGAUCAUAGAGAUGGUUAUGGUUUCACACCACUUAUUCGUGCUGCCGGCUGGGGUUACACGAGAAUAUGCGAAAUUCUUCUGGGCUACCAUGCAAAUAUAAAUACAAUAAGCAAUCGUGGACAAACAGCACUAACACGAUCAAUUCGAGCUGGAGCAGUUGAAACUGUAAAGCUCUUGUUAGAGAAUCAUGCAGAUCCUAAUUACGUCAAUGCCUAUGAAAUUGACAAAUGUUUCACUCCUCUUACUUCUGCAAGUCACUUGAAAAAUGUGGAAAUUAUGGAACUUUUGAUUGAAUAUGGUGCCGAAGUCAAUUAUCCAAAACCAUCAUAUUCACUACCUCUUUCCAUAUGUAUAAAACACGGAUUUACUAGAGGAGUAGAAGUACUCCUAGCAGCUGGCGUUCAUGUAGCUGACUCUGCUUUGAGAUCAGCCCAGCAAUAUGGGCGCCAUGACAUCAUUGAACUAUUGGAGAGUCACCGAAAGAAUUAA